AUACAAAAAUAUUUAUCAUUUGUUUUAAUAGGAUUUUCGUGGUAUUAGAUUUAUUGUAAAUGUCAUAGCCAUACAUCUUGCUCUGUAUCCAAAUUUGAUGUUUCUGUGUCCACUUGUAUAAUUUUUUUUUUUUUUUAUUUUUGCUUUUUUAGCGAAUAAACGUGUUUUUGUUUUGUCUGUACGUUUUCUCUUUCUUCUAUCAAACCAGGUCUUGGAAAUUUAUAAAAUUUGUAGAGUGACAAAGUGCGAGUGUUGUGAUGUGAUAAGAAUGAUAGCUUAAACAUUUUUUAAAUCAACAAUUUUCACAUCGAAUCAAAUUUGUAUAUGCAAUUUUUUUUUUACAACGGAGAUCAUUAAGGAUGUGCUUUUUCGAUGGAACCAAUAGGAAUUUUGUAAGGAUAUGGAUUUCCUAACUGAUCCGAUUUUUACGGAUUUUGGUCGAUCAGAUUUUAUAGGUGGAAUUGAUAAUGAAGCACUUGACUUUGGCCAUUUGGAGCAGUUUAUUCAUGUUGCAGCAACAACGGGUAGUGGCGGUGAUGUAUCACCAUCAACUGUCGUCGACGUAAGCAGUUCGGUUGUUUCCACAAUUUCAAAUAACACCAGCAGAAACAGUCACAAUAACAAUAAUGCCACUGUUCAUUCAAACUUGCCAGAGAGUCCGCCGGAUUCAGGCUCAGAACCACCAUUCAGUCCAGCUGAUUUACAAGGUCUCACUCUAACUUCAAGAGUAACUUCUAAUUGCCAAUCAGCGACAAAUAAUGAUGGUUCUUCUUCUCUGAUUGAUUCUGAAAGUUCUUUGGGCCAGCAGCGUCAGCAGAUAAAUGUCAAACCACCACCUCCAGAUCUCCAUGCAACGUUGACACAUCACUUAACGGGUAGCAUUCAUCAGCAACAACAACAACAACAACACCACACUCAGCUCCAUCAGCAACAACACAAUCAUAACAUUCAUCAGCACCAUCUUUAUGUCGAGCAUAAUGAUCAACACGCCCUGUUGCUUACACCUCCGACCGGCCACUUGCCUCAGCAACAACAUAUUCAUCACAAUGACCCAGCAACAACAACGACCACAACGCCAUCUGCAGUUGUUACAGCUAAUGGCAUCUACACUUCAAACAAUGUACACGAUCAUUCCAGAGAGCAUCCGGACAGCUUGUUGGCUAUUAACAGCCAUCACCAACAGCCUGUUCCCCUUACGAGUAGCAACAUCCAUGUUGCUGGUAUGAGUGAAAUCAUUGACAUGGAACCUCAAGGCACUCCAUACAGCCGGCAAAUGAUGACGCCACAGCAUCAGCAACACGCCGCAUCAAUAAUUCCAUCCGACGUCUAUAUGGGAACUCCGGCUCCAAUAAUAGAAUCAACAACAUCAACAGUUCCGCCGCCUACGCGCAAGCGCAAACUUUCUCAGGUUGACUGUUGUGCUUCCAUGAUGACUAUAAAACCGGAGCCAGGUGCAACAUUAAGUCCAAUGUGCCAGCAGAAUCUCAAUCCAACCUCACCAGUCUCCAUUAAUAUGCAACAAGUUGGCGCUGGUGUAGGCCUUGGAAGUGGUUCACCGUCCUCAUCUUCCCUCUCACCCACCAGCACCAGUCUCUCAAUGUCCAACGACAACAACAGUCUUGAUGGCGUCGGUGGCUCGGGAACUCCGAAUGCAGCCAGUUUCGUUGGUUCAAAUGCCACAGACUCUUCCAGUGAAUCAUCGCCAAUGCAAUGCAUCCGUUUCAGUCCAUUCCAACAGCACAAUUGGCAUACACUUUGCGAUCAAAGCCUUCAGGAGCUCACGAUGGCACAUUAUCGCGUCGAUGCUGACAAAGGUUUUAAUUUUUCAGUCUCCGAUGACGCGUUUGUGUGUCAAAAGAAGAAUCACUUUCAAAUAACAUGUCAUGCUCGAUUGCAAGGCGAUGCUAAGUUCGUUCGAACGCCAUCUGGUUUGGAAAAGAUCAAGUCCUUCCAUUUGCACUUUUAUGGAGUGAAGCUGGAAGCUCCCAAUCAGACCAUACGCGUUGAACAGAGUCAAUCGGAUCGAUCGAAAAAACCAUUCUAUCCAGUUCCAAUUGAUCUGCAAAGCCAUCUGGUGAGCAAAGUUACUGUUGGUCGACUGCACUUUUCCGAAACAACCAACAACAAUAUGCGAAAAAAAGGCCGUCCAAAUCCCGAACAACGCUAUUUCCAGCUGAUCGUCGGUCUUCAUGUCCACACCCAUUCUGGUCACUUUCCUGUGGUAAGUCAAGGCAGCGAGCGAAUAAUUGUACGUGCCUCGAACCCGGGCCAGUUCGAAAGUGACGUUGAACUCUGUUGGCAGCGUGGCAUCACCCCAGAAUCUAUAUUCCAUGCUGGUCGUGUUGGCAUAAAUACCGAUCGACCAGACGAAAGUCUCGUCAUUCAUGGCAAUCUAAAAGUUUCUGGCCAUAUUAUUCAACCAAGUGAUAGUCGAGCCAAGCAGGAAAUCAGCGAACUCGACACCUCAGUGCAGCUAAGAAAUUUGCAGAAAAUUCGCAUAGUUCGUUAUCGCUACGAACCAGAAUUCGCCUUGCAUUCGGGCCUCAAGUCCGCAAAGGAUAACGAAGAGAUUAUCGAUACAGGUGUUAUUGCUCAGGAGGUGCGAGAAGUUUUGCCGGAUGCUGUGACAGAAGCCGGAAGUAUUGUUCUUCCCAGUGGACAGGUUAUUGAAAAUUUUCUUCUUGUUAAUAAGGAUCGAAUUCUAAUGGAAAAUAUUGGGGCCGUUAAGGAGCUAUGUAAAGUAACUGGAUCUUUAGAGACUCGAAUUGAGCAGCUGGAAAAGAUCAAUAAUCGUUUGAUGAGGAUGCAAGAAAUCGAAAGGAGCAAGAAAAAAUGCAAGCAUCUUUUAAUGGACGAUGAUCAAAUGAUUGAAGGAGAAGACGAACUUUGUUCGAAUCGAACAAUUCAAAUGAUGAUUAUUAUUUUAGUUAUAAUUAUGGCAACAUGCUUGGUAGCAGUUUCAACACUAUAUUUUGUUGAGCACAGCAAGCAACGUUAUAUGAAGCGAUAUGAUCGCUACGAUAUAAGUCAUCAUCCAUUUACUCACGAUGCCCAUGCAAUACUCGUUAAUAACAAUAACAACAAUAAUCAAAGAAAUCUCAACCACAAUGGCUAUCAUACAAAUAAAAAUGGCAAACUAAUUUUACAUUCACAUACACAACGUCCACCACCUGCAAGUAGUGUAACAGCAAUGCCGCCCAUUACACUUCCCCUACCAAUUCAUUCAUCUCAGAUACCACCCAAUGUCCCGUUACUUGCCGCCGCCGCCACCGCCGCCCAAUCACCAAGCAUUCCAAUUUCUGUGAUACCUCCUGCACCGUAUCCGUCCGCUAAUACUGCAGCUGGAUCUGGACCAUCUGAAGGUGGUUUCCAUGGCCCUUCGUACAUCAAUUCAGAUAACUAUGCUAACUUACCCAAUGACGAGCUAUUAACAGGAAUUGACAAGCUAGCACUUCCUGUAGUUAUAAGCAGCCAUCUUAACAACAAAACGGCAAACAGUAAAAACAAAUCAAAAUGGCCGUCAUCAUCAUCGUCGGCCGAUGCUGUUGCAACUGUUAUGCCACCUUUUACAUUCUCCAACAAUUUCAAUGACCCUUCGUCAUUAUUGAUUGAUGACAAUCUCAAUGUUAGUGAAUCAUCAUCGGAAAAAGUAGGCGAUUCAAUUCCUGUGAAUCCGGAUUUUGAAAAUAAUUCCAUUGACGGAACGGAUCAGAAAACUGACGCACGGGCAGCUGCUAAUCAAAAUCUGAAACUCGAUCAAGCUAUUGAUCAGCAGCAGCAUAUUACCAACAAUAUUGGCGGUGGUAGUACAAAUCGAAGUGAUGGUCGUAACGAGAAUAGUGUUCUGUUAGGGGCAGUAGCAGUUUCUGCUAUUGGAGCUAAAAAAAUUGAUAGCAGUGCAGGAGAUUCGUCUUCGUCAUCGUCAUCUUCGUCGUCUACAUUGUCGUCAUCGUCUUCGGCUUCGACGAUUUUUGUCGUUUACAAAAAUAUACAAAACAAAAAUAUUAACGAUACAGUUAGCAAGCAAGUGGUCAAUUUUACCGUCGAGACUCCAUCCAUUACAAACAAAAGUCGAGGCAUUGACACUGAAGACACAGACUUGCAAAAUCUAGGUAAUAACAAUGAUUCGACGGAUGACCAGAGUUUUACUGAAACUGCUACAGCUCCAGUGACUGAAAAAAAGUUCGCUUUAGCACCAAUUGGAAUUCCCGAUCAUUGUGUCAAGAUCAAACUGGAAGAGAUUUCUAAUUGUCAAUCAGCUUGUUUCGAAGAUUCCAAUAGUCUAUCGUCAACAUCAUCUCAGAAUUCAGAAAGUGAAAUACGUCGACGAUACAUUCAAAAACAAGACCCUGGCGAUACGAAAACAGGAUCAGGAUCAUCACCGCCUGGAGAUUCAUCGAAACCAUUUCCCAAGUCAUCGUCCCAAUCACUAAUGAAUUCAGCUUCACCGCCAGAUGCGUUACCACUAAUUUCACCAUCAAAACGAAUUUCAACUGAUGACAUUGAUCAAGAUGAUCAAGACCAGGAAGUCUCUCAACAACCACAAAACGAUCGUGAAGAUCACGAAGAGCAGCUUGCUUUAGCUUUCAAAGAAAGAAAACCAAUUCACAAGGACUCUAAACGAAAAAUUGAUACAAUCGAAGUACAAUCGGUGGUGGUGAAUGAACAACGAAGACUUUCCUCUACAACAGAGUGUUCGACUGUAACACCAUGGUUGCAAGCAGACACAUUUAAUGUGUCCUUGGGUUGUGAGGAAAUCUGUUUGAAUGGCGGCAGUAGCUUGAAUAUAACUUAUAUGAUACCAUUGUCGAAAUAUUUAAAGGACACAAAUGUCGAAUUGCAUUUUGUGGCACCAUUAAGUCUUCAUUGGACUGUUUGUAAUAAUAAAGAAAAGACUAAACGUGAUGGCGCUAAUUUUAUUAAUCCCCUUAACAAUGGCAAAGUAUUUCAAAAAAGUCAAAAUGUCUCAAUAUUUUAUUUAACUAUUCCGGGCCAUGGGCAUUUUGAGCGUUUAAUUGAAUUACGUGCAGCAAUAGAUUCGAAUAAGAAUUUAUGUCGAGAGCAAGCAGAUGAAACAAACGUUUUACUUCAGUACAAUAUUAGAAUUGUAAGAGAUUGUGAUUAGUAAAUUUUUAUUUUAAAGAAAAACAAGCAAAUGAAAUAGCAAAAAAAAAAAACAAUAAAUUUUAUAAUGCAAAAAAAUUAUUCGUAUAUAUUUUUUACCAUAUUGUUG